UCUCCCAGGAUCCCCGGCGUCGGGAAAUAGCGAGCAUGCGCAGUGCGCUGUGUGGGAGCUCCAGCGAGCUGGUAACACUGUGUGUGCAUUGCUGGUGCCACUAAUACAGAAACCAACAUGGGCUGCCAGGAAGUCCACGCAGUCACUUUAUUUGCCUUUGUAUGUGGUACAGCCUCCAUAGCUGGGUUAUUUGCUGCCACUUUGCUUCCUCAGUGGAGACAGAUGCAACUCUACACCUUCAACAGAAAUGAGAAGAACCUAACGGUUAGCAUUGGUCUGUGGGUGAAAUGCACGCGCUUGGAGUGGAGUCGCGACUGCAUGAUGUACGACACAGAUUGGUACGCAAGUGUCGAUCAACUGGACAUCCGUGUUCUGCAGUUUGCCCUUCCUUUCAGUAUCCUGACCGCUGCUUCUGCCCUCAUCCUGUGCCUAACCGGAAUCUGUAACACCACCUUCACCACAAAUGUGCCAAACCUAAAGCUUACCAAAUGUCUUGUCAAUAGUUCUGGCUGUCACCUUGUGGCUGGUUUGCUGUUUAUUCUUGCAGGAACCAUGAGCAUAACUCCCUCCAUCUGGGUUAUAUUUUAUAACAACGUUCUUAAUAGCAAGUAUGGGCCAUAUUUUACGUACGACAUAGCUGUCUUUGUUGCCAUAGGUAGUUCUGGUGGGAUGUUCUUCACUGCCCUUUUGUUAUUUUUAUGGUAUUGUGCGUGCAAAUCCCUUCCUUCCCCUUUCUGGCAGCCUCUCUAUUCGCAUGUCCCUAGUAUGCACAGCUACGUACCCCCAUCAUACCCGUCCCGGUCCCGUCUUUCAGCCCUUGAAAUUGACAUUCCUGUUGUUACGCACACUGCCUAAAGACAUCAAAUGCUGCUUGUGCCAAUAGACUUUCAUGUUGCAUUUAAAUAUCUGUAUAUUUGUGAUGCAUAUUGUAUUUUUUAAACCUUUCGUUUGGCCUAUUUAGUGGGGGGGGGGGGGGGGUUCUCAGUUUUGUUGCUUUUCAUUUCUGUUUCUGAGCCAAAAUGCAUGUUCUGCAUCCUCGCUUCACAUUAAGAGAAUGGAGAAAGCAAAAUACCUUACAGACAGAACCUUUUAAAAGUAGACAAAACCAAUAAGCGUCUGAUGACUGGAACUAUUCCUAUACAGAUUGCUCAUUGUCUUCUACAAAUGGACUUGCAUACAUUCCUUACAUAGAAUUGGUCACUACUGUUGCAUGAACUGCAACUCAAAAAAGCUAGCAAUGCAUUGUGGUCCUUGGAAAGGGUCAGUGGUUACCUCAUAUCUGCUGUUACGACUUAUUUAUGCACAAAAUGACCAACAUAUAUAAUUAGCAAAUAAAUUUAGUUACAUUUGGAAAUAUCUUCAUUUACAGAAACAAUACAAGCUGUAAAUAUAAAUGUAUAUUGGGAAAUCCUGGGUAUAGUGAGCAGCUCAAUAAUGGAAUUCCUGCUGAUUGCAUUUUUCUUCAGUUAAUUAUGCUAAAUAUGUGACAUGUUUUAAAAUGUAUUUGAAAAACCUUGGUACUUUUUUUUUAUUUCCUUUUUUUUUAUACUUUCACAUACGUCUGUUUUCCUAAUUAUUUUGUGAUUUUCAAAAUGUUGUUAAUUGUAGAGUCCUUGGCUUGAUAAAAUAAUGUUUACGUGCUCCUAAUUGCACAUGUGUAAAAUGUACAUGCCGCUAACAAGUCAAGUGCUCGAUAGAUAAAGAAAAUUCUAUUUAAAUAUGUGAAAUAAAUUUUUGGAAUGACUAA